AUGAAAAAAAUGGUGUUCUGUAAGAUGUGCCGUCCUCUGCUGGUUUUUUGCGCUACCAGCUGUUGGCGUCGUUCAGCACGUCUUCCGUUGCCGUUUUUUUUUUCUCCAUUGAACCUGCAGGUGGCUCCAUUUACGUCAUGGAAUCUACAAGCACGUUAUUUUUCUACGACAGCGGGUGGGGGUCGUGAGGGCACCAAUUCAUCCGAAGACGAUUACGUCUUUGACCCCACUCUCAGUGUGCAGAAGGAUGCGGCAAUCCACGUAGCAAAGAAAAGCCUUGAUGCAAUUGUACGUGAUCUUCUUCCUGAGAAUGCACCGGAUGCAGCGACGCAGAAGGUUAGGGCGUACCUGCAGCAGCAUCCCAUGGACACUCUCAUUACACAGCCGACAGUUCAUAUCACCCAUGUGGAGGACCCUGAAUCCGGCAGAGAGACGAAAAUGUCAUUAAGCCCCUGUGAUUUGUCAGAGGCACUGGAACAAGCACAAGAGCGAGAGAUGAAUCUGGUGCAGAUGGGAACUCGCGGAGAUGUUGCGUACUGUCGUAUUCGUCGUGAGAUUCCUCGAAUUUUAGGGCUUGUGGGCCCCGAACUAGAGGCUCUCCGUGAAGAAGAGAAGCAGGAAGGAAGCAGUCAUCGUGGGGGUAGUGAUCAGGCAGGGGGCAAGAUACGUGAGCUUGUUGAUCAUUCUUUUCGAGACGUGGUCGAUGCACAUUUUGUAGGGUGGAAAAGCAAAAAGAUUGUGGAGGAUAUUAAGAAACGUCAUCCUGUUAAAAUCACCAUCAAGGAGUUUCAGUCUCCCGAGGCGGCCAUUGGUAAAAUAAGGGAAAUGUGUCAGGCGAUGCAGCGGUAUGCUGAAGAGAAGUUGAUUUAUCAUCACUUUACGAGCAUUGUUGCAAAUGACAGGGAGGUGAGCGUCUCCUUUGUGCCUUCCCUCCCCUCGGAGAAGGGCAAUUCGUGGAAGCACAUUAAAUACCCCGGAGAGAAGGAGUGGGCGCAUGCAAAUAAACGCAUGGAGGAGGCAUGUCGUAAAAGCGGUCGCUACGGAACGUACGUGAAAAACAACAUGCUGAAACCGCGGUCUUUGGGACAAACGUUUUUUCGUGUGGAUAAGUACGGUAGGAAGAUUGAUUGA